CGCGGGUCACACGUGCGAGCCUCGCUGUAACGAAAAACUAACCAGCUACAUUUCAAAAAUCGAAUACUCUCUUUUGAAUUCCAUACUGUAUUCAAAUUAGAACAUUAGUGUUCGAGUAAUCUUGUUCUAGUGCUAGUUUGUUAGUAAACAUUAAAAUUUAAAUUAGGAACGCUUAUUUUUAACGCUGAUUAUGUAGUUUCUACUUUCGUUUGAGUGAAAAUAAACUAAAAAUUGUUGUUGGUACAAAAUGUGUGUGUAAGAUUCGCGUAGUGUUGUGAACCGAAGUGUGAAGGGUGAAGUGUAGUGAUGUGAAUGAAGUUUGGUUCUGACACCAAUAUGUUUGGAGUAUUUAUUAGAAGGUGGAAACCUAAAAGAAUAUCAAAUAAUGAAAGGGAUGAAAGUCCAGGGACGGAUGGCAACGUCUCCCCAGAGCCACCUGACCGACCGCCCGGGAAGGUACGGCAGGUGCACCCGGAAGACAAGACGCAAGUUCUUGCAUACGAUUCCACAUAUCGCAAGAAAAAUAAACCGAAAAACCUCCCUUUAGAAGAGAAUCAUUAUAAUCACUUGGCGAAUACGAACGUGGCUAUGUCGCCAAUGUAUCCUUUGACACCAAAUAUUUGCGUAGAGGGUGGUAAGAUUGAGUUCAUAAAGUCGCCGCCAGGGAGCGCUAGAAACAGUUUGGCGCUAGCGUCGCCGCCACAAUCUCCUUUGCUAGCGAGGCGCGGGUCGCGCGAGAAACGUGAAGCGCGAAUCUAUGAUGAGCCUACUGAGAAGUUCGACGGUGAUAAGGAACUUUUGGAAAAGCGCAUCAAGCAGUUGGAAGCUCAACUGGAAGAAGAGAAAAGAAGGACGCAGAGGGAACGCAUGGCCGUCACCAAGUUACAGAACAAACUUAUUAAGCGUGAGGGUGCUGCCCGCAGCGAUGCGGAGCGCGAGAGACGCGCGCGCGGCGACUGGGAGGCGCGAGCGCGAGUCGCUGAGGCAGACGCGGCGAGGCUCGCUGCGAAGCUCCAUGCUGCCCAGCGUGAGAUUACCAGGAUGGAGGAGACAGUGCGAUCGCUGCUACAAUACAAGAGCCGCGUGGAAACUCUAAAGCAGGAGAAGGCGUCCUUAUCAUCAGCACUCGAGAGCGUGCGCGAAGAGCUGGGAUGCGCGCGCGCCCGUAUCCGCGAGCUCGAGGCACAGAACCGCGCGCUGAGCGCCCUGCUCGUGCGCCAGCUGCGCCCCGUGCCGCGGCCCUCGCCCGCCACCCCGCACACGCCGGUCACGCCGCACACGCCCAGGGACUUGCAAGUGCACUUGGUGGACGUCGGCUCCUGCGGGUCUCUGGUAUCGUUCCGCGACUCCCCUCCCCCCGCGCCGCCCGUGUCGCAUCCUCACCCCCUCAGCCACGACGACAAGCGCCGCCACCAGAUACUGGCUGAUAUUUGGACUGAAUUGAAGGGUCUGGAGGUGACCCCAGCGAACCUGGCCCGCGCGCUGUCGGCAGUGGACCCCACGCUGUGGGCCCCGCCCGCCAGACCCCACACGCUCAGCCUCAGCAUGCCGCAGCCCUGCACCGACCCUGUUAGAGGGGACAGUGGAGAAAAAGUGACUGAAGAAGAAAGCGGUGAGGUGGGCGAAGCUGGUGCUGAAUCUCCUGAGAGUGGUGCCAAGGAUGAGGGUUACUCCACCAUGUCCAGCGACGUGCAAGCCGACGCCUCGCGGCAGAGCGACCACGCCGCCGACAGAGCCCUGCCGGACCUCAACGAGGCCUCCGACGAAACCGACAACCAAACCAUCGUCUCCAUCAACCCUAGAGAAUCUCGAAGACACGCAAGGCUCCUAGGAACAGAUGCAGAUUACAUCUACUUCCCCAUAGGAGUUGCGUUCGCUGGGGUCAGAGGCAGCUACCCCCCCUCACGACCAGUGCUGCCCUUCCAACAUGUAGUACGGAGCUUCUCAGAUUCCCAUCUAUGUUUAAAGCUCAUCGCUGGAACAACUUGCCCCACCAGCUGCCUAGACACUCCCACGCCUAGCUCUGGUGUUUUAGUUCUAGAUCUGAAACCUGCUCCUGAAAGACCUCUGAGGAGAGCUGCUAUCGCUUCCACCACAAGUUCUGAAAGGGUAUCGUGGGGAAGCACACUAGAUGAUCGCGCUGAUGGCUCGCAGUACGAUGCCGAUUAUGUCCAACAUUGGCUAGAACUAGAUGAUGCUAGAUCAGCGUUACAACAAAGACAUAGAGACCUUGCUGAUUUAGAAUACGACAGGGCUGAACUAGAAGACUGGAGCUUAUCACUAUCAUGUGAAGAUCUCAGAGACAGGCAAUCUCCCUUUGCUGAAAUAACAACACCUGGGCAAAUAUCACUGUCAACAUUACCCAGCAUCAGAGAAGAUGACGCGUUAGAAUUAGAGGAAGAUGUCGGUGAUUGCCUUUGGAAUGAUUGUGGAUUUGCAACUAUAGAAAUAGACGAAUGUAGAAUUGCUGACGAUGCUGAUACGUCAGAGAAAAGGUGGGACUGCACAGGUACGCAUUCACCUGGAGGCUCGUGGUCGAGUGCUUCAGAUGCGCCUGAUAAAAGAUCCAGCACAGCACUGAGUGAAGACGGUGACUGUGCAAACGUUGGCUUGGAUUUCACUAGAGAUUUCUACCGCCUCGUUAAAUAUGAAAGCACAAAGAGCUUAGCAUCAAAUUCGUCCAGAGGUAUCCCCGCACAAGAUACCAGCAGCCACUUAAGGAUUCACGAUGUACAAGCAAUGGCUUUGCAGGACCGGGAGGUGGCUUUACAGAAUGUCCUACAUUUUAUUGCUGAACAGCAGAAAUAUUGUAGGGAUAGAGAAGAAUCAGAUUCAAUGUCGUCACGGCCUUUAUCAGAAAUAAGGGAGUUGCCACCUCCGUACGCGGCGGCAGAUUUUGAUGAUGAUUCAGUUGGGCCACGUAGUGAAGUGUCAGAAGACAGACAGAGGCCAGAUUCCUUUGGCAGCUUUUCUGAAAACGAUUCUUGUGACGUCCUACAUGGUGACCGGCCCAGGGUUGCCUUCUGUGAUACUGUAUCCGAGCCACGGUCCACGCCGAGAUUCAUCGAACGUGAAGACCCUUACGCGGAGUCGGAAGACUUCUUCGACGAAUUUUCAAGAGUAGAAAACGCUGAAAACGAAAUUGAUGAAAGGCAUCUCAUAAAAGUGCAGAGAAAGAACGAAAUUAAUAAAAGCAUUGAUGUGAUCGAAUCUGUUGAGGUUGAAGACCAGCCUUUUGCUCCUGUCAAGGAGGAGAGGCCGAGUGAUAUCGAAUCUAGUCGAAGUUUAGACCACAAUUCAGCGCUUAAAGAGAAUACUGUGAAUAUUAUGUUGAACAAGCAAUCGCCGCUUGAGAGGGAAGUGGAGCCGAGUCUUACUAAGUCGUCCAGCUUUCCUUACGUUUGCAACGAAGAAAUGUCUUUAGUCGAGGAGGUGUUGAGCGCUUGUCGAAGAAGCACGGGGGCUCUGGUACCUGUUCCUGAAGAGGAAGAGGGUUCGUCUCCUGAGAAUGGUUCCCCACAAAUGACUGAAUCUAAUACAACUAGCACGUCUACGGCUGAAACUGUGAUAGUAAGUAAUAAGAGCGAUGGAGUUAAAGAUGGGAAACUGAGGGAGAGGUCUCGGAUUCCUACGCUGAUGGGCGGGAAGAGGCCACCAUCGUCGCCUAGUAGGAAUAGGUCGAAGAUUCCCGUGGUGGAUAGAAAUAGGCCAAGCACUGCACAGGCGUCGGUGCCGGAACCGAUCAUUGUGAAGCAAGAACAUACGCUGAGUUUCCAUGAGGCUGCUACUUCGAAGGAUGUUAUUGAAGAACUUAAUAGAAUGAUUCGUCAAAGUGAGGGUCCUACGAGUGCGGAGGGCAAGGCGGACGAGAGGUCUGACAGGCCUCACAAGGACAGCGCGCUGUGGGCCCCUACCGGAUGGGUGCAUGUCGAGAAAGACAUCGACUUUAGUGAUCCUAAGGCCCGAGCGAACCUUCUAGACGUGAUGCUAGCAUCAAGCGACUCGUCUCCAUCAUCAUGCGGUUCCUCCCCUGCCGAGCCACCGCCACCCUACUCCCGGCUACAUCGACUGCACCGGUCUAGGAGACAGAAGACAGGUAAAUAUCAAGGCUUUGUUCUGUAGUAGUAAGACAUCCCCUUUAGACCCCCUUAUAUUUUGACUUUAAGUAGGAUAUGAGACCCCCUAUAAUCUUUCUAAAGCCCCAUAGCCCUUUCAGUUUUUUUUUUUAAACGGUUUUGUGGCUAACUUUUACUCUCGAUUUGUACCGCCUCAUUUGUCAGGUGUAAGUUAGGGAAUUUGGUAACUUUUUAAUUUAAUGAAGGACUACAAUGUACUGAAAGUGGUUCAUGUUCAAAUAGAAUUUAGAAGAAAAUUUUGAGCCUAUUUUAGAACUUCUGUUGGGCGGGUGAAAUCAUAGGGAAAAGUUAGUCAUGAAACGAAGUCCACAUCUUCAUGCAUUACCUAAUGCAUAAAGAUAUGGAUUGUUAUGAAAACAUCUUAACGGAUAGAACUCUAUUUCCCUAUAGUCAAAUGGCUUAUUCCCAUACGUAACAUAACAACAUACAUCUGUGAAUUUCAAAAGUAGGUACACAUCUACAAAAAAAUAUUUUAAAAAGAAAAAUCUUCCUAACUUUUGCGAAUCAGCCAUUUAUAGUCUGGAAUAAUUUGGUUUCUUUUAUUACUCUUGUGCAAAAUUAUCUUUUUAUUGCACCCUCUAUAUUAUGAAUUUGGUUCAAGAAAAGGUUUUGGUCUUCCAUUAUGACUCAACACGUCAUCUGCAUAAGUUGUCAUUCACAGAUAUUAUAAUAAAAAAUAUUAAAAAAGGUUGUAUUAAAAAAGUUGCGUCUUUUGGAAGACCAUAUACUAUGUUCGUAUAAAGUCCGUAUAUCUUUGGGAUUUAAUUUAGGUUCUUGAAGUUCAUCCUCCGAGCCUUAUCCCAACUAUGUUGGUUCUUGAACUUAUAAAAAGUAUAUAUUUUCACAAUCGAUUUCAAUUCAAUCCUAAAGUUAUACAGACUAUCAGAUAUUGUUAACUUAAAUAUACAUUUCUUUUUACUUAAUAUUUUGAAUUGAAACCAUAAUUCAGUGUCAUUUUUCCAUUUGUUUUUAAUCCUGCUUUAUUUUUGUUGGACGUUAAAUGUUGAUUGUUAUUCCUUCAUAUACCUACCUUUUUUUACAAUACCUGUAAAUUAUUGUGUGAUUUUGACUUUGUAAUACCUACUGAACCUGCAGCAUGGAUAAAACAUAGGUUGAGAUAAAUAGAAGAGACUUUUCACGUUUUAAUAUGAGGAGUAACAUUCGUUGUCGUCACCCAACUGUGACAAAACUAAAGAUCAUUCUAUUUACCUCAUCCGAGUUUGAACCUCUGUAGAAGCUUAAAAUCUACAUUUAACGUUUUAUCUUGAAUCCGCACAGAUCUAGCAUGUAAACAUUCAAUAGAUAGACUUUUACUAAAAAAUAUAUUUACAUUUAUUUCUUUUUAUACUUUUUAAAGACUAAUAUAAUAAUAUGGCAAGAUUAUACUUUAUACCAUAGAUCUAUGCGGAUGUUUGUGUCAUUUUCAUUUCAUAUUGUCUGUCGUCACGUCCACGUCACUCGUUUCCGCUCUCACUCACACGCACCAUCUCACUCUCUCGCCUCACUCUCAGUUAGAAUGCUAUGAACAGGCGAAUCCAUGCUCGGAACUUAGUCGAUCUUCCCAGUAAUUGAAUAAUUUUUAAAGUCAUUUAGUAGUCACUAAAGGGAAGAGAUGUUUAUCGAUGAAAUAAAUAUCGAUAGACUCAGUUCCUGCAAUCGUAUCUCGAAGUUACACAUUUAAAAAUAAAUUAAUUAAUAGUCACUGGUAAAAGCACAGUCCAGCACUAGUUUCUGUUCUUUGCUGGAGCUGUGUAUUAGUUGUCUGGAGUGGUCGUGUAACUGCGAGUGCGGCGAGCGUGGGGUCGCGUGGGUGCGAGCGGCGCGGCGCGGGCUGACGCGUGUGUUGUCGCCAGAGGGCGCGCGUGUAGAGUAGGCUCAGAGCUCGUGUUGCCGCAGCGGCGGCGCUGCGCGUGCGCGGGCCGGCGGGCGCGCUGGCGGCGCGGGCGCGGGGCCGGCGGCCGUCCAUCCUCGGCCGCGAGGGCUUCUUCGUGCGCUACGGCGAGCCCGAGCGCGCCGCCGUGGCCACCUUCGACUUCCUCGACGACCUCUCCGGCGGAUCCUCCCCGGAGGCCCCCAAAGACUGUACCUAAAUUAGCAAUAAAACGCGUCCCAGAUCGUUAUAUUUUUCUAUGUCGUUGUGAUAGACCGCGGCGAUGAUGUCGGCGGUGAUGACCGCGCGACACGUGUCGCCCGCGGUCACGUUAGUAGUGCAGCGUCGACGACGACCGCGCGAUCCGCCGGCUGCAGCUUUUUAGAUACUUCUGCUUCGAAAUCUAGAUCUCUUAGGUGUCGUAGUACUCACUUUGGAUUAGUAGGUCUAUGACGAGGCACCUAGUCUAUUAAAAGAAAUUCUUCCUAGAUAUUCGUUAGUAGGUGUGGGAAGACUAACGCGUUAAAGGCACGGUUACGAUGAUAAUAUGUAUAAUUGGAAAAUGUUUAGUUUAUACGCGACUGACUCGUUCAGCAAUAAUAUUGAAGUUACUGAUGUGUCUCGCGGACAUCGGAGAUAUUGAGUGAUUUGCGCUUCGCAAGAGAAGGCUUCCGGCGAGAGGAGACAGCUUCGAACCGAUAUAAUGUUAAUUUGGAUCGAUUACUUCCUGCGUUAACUUGCUUAGCUUCGUACCAACGACCGACAACUUAGGUAAGAAGACGAAAUAAUUAAUUGACUAAGUGAUUGAAAGCUGCGGCCUCGAAGUAAUGUGAUAUUUUUGUAUAUACUGUAAGUCCCACUUAUUUUCAUAUACAUUUAAAUGGAUUCCUUUCUAACUGAACGAAGCGUUAACGUUGGAACAAGGGUGGAGUUCUGUCUAGCAGAGUCUGUGCACCUGCACGUCACUCGACCGCACGAAUUGAUCACUGCCGCCCUUUCACUUGCACAAACGUGUUCACUAACGAAUCGGAAAGGGGCAGAUGAUCAAUUUGCGCGGUCGCAGCGUAAUAAUCAUAAUAAUAGGUACUUAUGUAAAUAUCGAUUACAAUUUACUUAUCGAACUAGUAACUACUUAUUGGUUAAAGAAUAGUCAUCUAUAACAAUCGAAUAACCAUUUAUAAAGAUCCAUUAAAAUCGAAGGGUACUAAAGUAUGUUAAGUGUAUGUAUAUAAUUAUUAUGACGUCAUCGAUAUGCUAUUUAUUUUGUAUCAUUUGCGUAUUGUCGAUCUUUUCUGUGUAUACUUAGGUACAUAUCAUGAAUUUGUAUUAUUUAUUAAGGCAACGAUACAUUAUAAUUAUUUUUUUGAUUAAAAUAACAAAUCGAUGGUAUUUCGAUAAUUAAACCAUUCUAUCGACCUUUCACAACCCUAUACUCUAAAUUAAAUCAGUCGUAAAAGGAAAUUUUCUCAAAAAUGAUAAAUACUUAGGUAACCAUCGGUUUGUUAUUUUUGUCAAGACAAUGGCGUUUCGCUAUUACACGGUGUCUGUAAAAUUAUCCUCUUUGAUGCGGUUAUGAACCUUGGCAGAAAUGUACACUUUAAUUAUAUUGUUAUUUUAAUGGCUGAACCAAAGCGAUUUUACACGAAAUAUUUUUCGCCGUCACUUUAGUUACGCUGCAACACUGUUCCUUAUUUCUUUAAUUGGCAACUAUUUCAUACCCAGCGUUUUUUUAAUGGUGAAGAGUGAAGACAAUAAAGGAAGAUUUAUACCUAUUAUUAAUUAAUGUAAACGAAGCGACGACUCGAUCGAUAUUAUCUAAAAUAUUAACUUAUUUAGUGUAAGCUACUAAUGGCUACGAUGUAAUGCCUCAUUUGAAAUUUAAAAGACGUCCCUUAGUUGUUUUGGAUACACACACUGACGCGUGAUGUCUUGCUAUAUCAAAUACGUGUAAAACAACUAUGUACAUGAAUAAAGGUUUAAUACUAAUUUAUAUUCAAAUUCUUCUCAAAUAUAUUAUUAAAGUAACGAAUUUAUACAAUUGUAAACAAUGUAUAUUAUGUAAACCUGAUACUUGCAGUGUUUGUAUCCAAACAAGAAGUGUAAAAUCCUUAUUAUUGUAAGUUAUUACAAGUAAAAUUCUUGGAACUUAUCAGAAUAAUCUGAAUAACAUUUGUAGUUGUAUUUAAAGUUGUUUAAAAUGUCAGAAUGAUAAUUGUUUUUCAAACGACCAAUCCGUUAACCCUUUCAUACAUUAGUGUCAUUGUCAUAAUAUUAAAAAAAUGAAUAAAAAAAAUAUCGACUGUACGUCAUGGGAAAUACACAUGUCCAUAUGUUUAAUCGUAGGAUCCAAAUGGUACUGUGAUUGGUAGCUACCACUGAAUUUUGGAGCACAAUUGGAAAUUAAAAAGUUAAAAAUGUGGUAUUGGCUGGUCAUCGGCUGCAUUUGUUGGUACAUUUUAACCUAAGAUAUAGGAAUACUUGACAUAGGUAGGUACUUUGAACAGUACAAAAUGUGUAGAGUAACAGUAUAAUUUAAUUAUCUACUAUUACAGAUGGGUUCAAUAAACGAUUCCGUUCCCAAAUUA